AUGGCGACGAUGUCCCGCGCCCUCGGCUCGGCGUUCGUGGGGUUCACGCGGACGCCGGCCGUGCCGGCGACGACGCCCUUGCCGUUGCCCUCCUCUCGCGCCUCCUCGGCGCUGCUCCUGCGCUGGCAGCGGAGCCGGGGCGUCGGCGGCGUCGUCGGCAGCGGCGGCGCGCGGCGGUACUCCUCGGGCCGCAACGCGAAGAUUAGCAUGAGCCUCCGCGCCGGCAUCGUCGGCCUGCCCAACGUCGGCAAGUCCACCCUCUUCAACGCCAUUGUUGAAAAUGGGAAGGCCCAAGCUGCAAACUUUCCCUUCUGCACCAUAAACCCAAACACUGGCGUCGUGGCUAUUCCCGAUCCUCGCUUGGACGUGCUCUCAAAGUUAAGCAAGUCCAAGCAGACGGUCCCGACAUCCAUUGAGCUUGUCGACAUUGCAGGCCUCGUCAAAGGAGCAAGCAAAGGAGAGGGACUGGGAAAUCAAUUUCUUUCAAACAUCCGUGAAGUUGAUUCUAUACUCCAGGUUGUGCGAUGUUUUGAAGAUGAUGAUAUUGUUCACGUGAAUGGAAAAGUUGAUCCCAAGUCAGAUAUUGAUGUGAUUAACUUAGAACUCAUAUUUUGUGAUCUUGAACAGAUAGAGAAGAGAUUGGAUAAGCUUAAAAAGAGCAAAACUAAGGAUCCACAAGUAAAAGUGAAGGAAGGAGCGGAAAGGUCAGGAUUAGAAAAAAUUCUGGAUGCACUUAUGGAUGGAAAGCCUGCAAGAUCUGUUGAUUUGCCUGACCAUGAGAAAGAAGCUAUACAACAUCUUUAUCUGCUCACUAUGAAGCCAGUCAUUUAUGUUGCUAAUGUAACAGAGUCUGAUCUUGCCGACCCUGAUAAAAAUCCCCAUGUCCAGGAGGUGGCCAAACUAGCAUCAGAGCUGAAAUCUGGCAUGGUUACAAUAUCAGCUCAGGUUGAGGCUGAACUGUCUGAACUACCACUGGAAGAGAGAGUUGAAUACCUAAAUUCUCUUGAUGUUGCCGAAAGUGGGCUAGGCAACUUGGUAAAAGCAACAUAUAACCUUUUGGGACUAAGAACUUAUUUCACUACCGGAGAGCAGGAAACAAAAGCUUGGACCAUUAUUGCAGGCAUGACUGCACCUCAAGCAGCCGGAGUUAUUCAUAGCGACUUCCAGAAAGGCUUCAUUAGAGCUGAAACUGUAUCUUACGAUGAUUUUGUUGCGGCGGGUACUCUUGGAGCAGCAAGGGAGAAGGGAGUGAUGAGGUUGGAAGGGAAGGAGUAUAUUGUGCAGGAAGGAGAUGUCAUGCUCUUCCGAUUCAAUGUGUGA